GCCCUUAGAGUUUUGGCAAAGAGUAGCGGCCAGAGAUAGGACUCGCUGGCUGUAGUUUCUCCUGACAUCGGCGCGUCGCUCUAGCAACAGCGAAUUAGGCAUGGGGAAGGGUAACAAGAGUAAGCGAAGAGCGGCGCAAAAGAGGCACGUCGCCGCGGGCGACUUUCUGGAGGAAUUCUGGCGGCAAUCCCUAGACGCUGCGGAAGCGCAUUCUCGGCAAUCCCUAGAUGCCGCACGAGCCGCCGCUAACGAAGCGGAUAAGGAUCCUGCUGUUUCUCUAGAGAAACCUGCCGCUAGCAGGGCCCCGGGCAAACGUGGCGGUGGUCUAGCGCGGCAGGGCAGCAAAACGGGCAGCCAAACGGGCAGUUUUCUGGUGGAGUUUCACUGCCACAGCACGUGCAGCGACGGAUCGCUCUCCCCAGCCCAGGUCGUCCGACGGGCCGCGAGCCGAGGGGUAAAAGUUCUAGCCCUCACGGAUCAUGACACCAUGGGAGGGGUGGCAGAGGCUACGGCGGCAGGGCGGGAGGUGGGGGUGUGUGUGAUCCCUGGGGUGGAGAUCAGCGCUUAUUACGACUGCAACAUGCCAAGGGGGGGAGGAAGGGGUGCAGCAUGUGAGAAAGCUGAAUCGAAUACCUUCAAGGCUCCGGGAUUGGAUACUUCUUCUGCGGCGAUUUCUGAGGCAGAUGAAAAGGAUAGAGGAGGGAGUGGUGGCUUGAAGGAGGGGAGAGAUGGGGUGGAAGAAACAGGGCUAAGAGGCGAAGGGGUGGAAACGAAGGGCGGUCCAGGGGUGCACAUUUUGGCGUAUUUCCCUCCCUUGGGUAUGCGAGAGCAGUGGCAGCGUGCGAGGAGGAAAGCAGGAGCUGAGGGGGAUGAGGGACGGGAAGGAGAAGAGGGAGAAGAGGUGGAGGAUGGAGAGGGGGGGUUGGGAGGGGAGGGGAAGAAACCGCGGGUCAGUUACAACGGGAAUGGAGCCGAGACACAGGAGGAGGGAGGAAUCAAGGAUGCUCAUCACGAGCGCGUGGGGAGCGAGGAGGUUGGUCAAGACGGUGUACGGAGCAAGGAUGCAGGAGAUGGGUUUGGGAGGCUGGUGGGAGUGCUGGAGGGGAUUCGGGAGGGCCGGCACAGAAGAGCAGCAGGAAUGGUGCAGCGGCUGCAGCAGAUGGGCGUCAGUGUGACUAUGGCGGAUGUGAUUAAGCAACUAGACGACCCCAACACGGCACCAGGCCGAGUGCACGUGGCACGGGCGCUGGUGGCAGUGAAAGCAGUGGGGGAAAUGGAGGAGGCGUUUCAGAAGUACAUAGGGGACCAUGGGCCAGCUUAUGUCAGGGGCUCUGAGAUCCCCGUGGCUGAAGCCAUACGCGUUAUAAGAGAGGCAGGGGGGGCAGCAGUGCUGGCGCACCCGUGGACAAUACCGGAGAGCGCACUAAGGGGGAUGCUGAAGCGAGUCGUUGAAGACGGAUUGACGGGAAUGGAGGUGUACCGAGGGAAGGAGAUCCAAGAAGAGUAUUGUCGCCUUGCCAACGCUCACGGCUUGCUCAAGAUCGGCGGCUCGGACUUCCACGGGCCGGCUAAGCUUGCCAAGAAGGGUGCGGUGGACCUGGGCGGCUGUGAGCUGCCUGCCUUGGCGGUGCAGCGCUUUGUCGAGGCUGCAGGGAGGAACUGGCGCGCCUGAGGGUGUACUCUGAGCUCGCAGUGGCUCAUCAAGAAGGGUGCUGUGAGCAUGGCCAGCUGUGAGCUGCCCCACCUAGCGGUGCAGUUCUUUAUCGAGGCUGCAGGGAGGAACUGGCGCGCCGGAGGGUGUACUCUGAGCGGGAGGAACUGCCGUGCCUGAGGGUGUAAUCUGAGCUCGCAGUGGCUCGACUCAAGGGGUGCAAUAGAUCUGGCCGGCUGUGAGCUGCCUGCCUUAGCGGUGGUCUGUUGGAGGCUGCAGGGUUGAUUUGGCCGCGUCUGUCUGAGGGUGUACCACUGUUGUCUGUACCCUGAAAUUGCAAAGACGAGGGUGCAAUCUGGGCAGCUUUGUGACCUGCCUGCCUUGGCGGUGGAUGGAGCGAUUCCUGGCUCCUAGAAGUCGCGGGUGCCAGAGACUAAGGUUGCAGGUACCCUUGUUGGUGUUUUACCUGAGUCACAGACUCACUCACUGCCAUGGCCCAUAUGUGAGAGGCUCACCAAGGAGUGGGCGAUGGAUCUGGCCGGCUGUGGGCGCUAUGGGGUUGUAUAUUCAAUGCGAAAUGGUUGCAAGACACUUGUGGCUCGUUUAGUUCGUACUACUACCGUAUCUACUUGUGGCUUCAAGUACGGUUCAGGUUCUUAGCGGAGCACCCAUCUGAAGCACAAGCCAUUUCAUAACCUUGGAGCCGUCCGUAGUCAGUAGGAUGCACUGCGGGGUCGGGUCGCUCUAAAUUCGUAUUUCGAAUGAACUUUUCAAAACGAC